ACCUUCCUGGUUGACACCUUUGCCUCCAUGGUAGACCAUACUUUUGCUGACCCCAUCUCUUGUUUCAUCAAUAGAGCUCCUACCCUGCAAUACUGCGGACAUACCUCGGCCAGUUUCCCUUCCAGUAUAGAUUCUUCCAAUUAUGGCCAGCGACGACAACCCUUACGACCAUCAUUAAUGCGUAUCUCGAUUUCCAACAGAUUUGGGCCAUCGGAUCUUGCAAGGCGGGCUUCGGAGCGCCAACAAAGUAAUGGCUCCACUCGUGAGUACUUUGCCAAUACUGCCACCGCUAAUAUAUUUACUGGUGUGAGCAAUAUCAAUGCGCCUUUGCGACGUCGGAUGGUAUAUCGGCAUUUCACCACAGCCAUAGACCGGCGCAAUAUGGAAACUGUAUUCGAGGCUAUGCGUGAUUCCUUGCUUGCUACCUUGUAA